CUCCCACCGCCGUGACUCAUCUCUGGGCAACCAUCGAAGACCACCUUCAACAUGAAAGCAAUUGCGUUCCUCGCUUUACUGGUAUGCUAUGCCUCCAGCGUACAGUCAAAUAUAGGUAACUACUCUUGGGAAGGACCGGACUCAGGAUCCAGAGUCCAACCUCCAAGCCCAGAAGAGAACGAGUGCCUCCCAGACACUGCUUCCUGCGGCUGCUGUCUCAUGAAGCAGACGAUGCACAGGAUGGAGGAGUUCUUCAACAUGAGCCUCGGUGAAUUACAGCACAGCCUGACUGAGACCAGGAGUGUGCUGAACAACAUGAGAGCCAGCCGCAGUGCCUUCUCCGUGGCUCUCACCGACCGUCGCUGGUGUCUGGGGCCCUUCCUCAGCGACCAAGUCAUCAUCUACCGGCACGUCUUCCUCAACCUGGGUGGAAACUACAACAUUUUCAACGGCAUCUUCGUUGCUCCCCGCUCCGGUGUGUACCUUCUCUCCCUGACAGUGUACAGCGACUCUGGCUCCGCCGGAUCCCACCUGGCGGCCUGCGCCACCAUGAUGGUGAACGACCAGCCGGCCGCCAUCCUCAGAGAUCUCAACAGCCAGGACCAGGAGGACAGCAGCACCAGCGUGCAGGCGCUGAUGCUGUCCGCCGGAGACACGGUGAAAGUGGUCCUGCCCAAAGGCUGCUUCCUGUGUGACAGCGGCAAUCACUACAACACCUUCACCGGAGUCCUGUUGUACUCCACCGACUAAGACCGAGCGAGCCUUCUCGGAACAUUCCACGACUGCAACGCUUCCUACCGGGCUCUCUCUCUUCUCGUCUUGAGCGUUUCUCCAUCUUGCCGUGUGUGUGCCUUCAACCCCCCUGACUUCCUUCCUCCUAGUGCUGGUGUGUUUUGUUUUAUUUGAUUUUAGCGUAGGUUCGAUACAGAUUGGGCUGGGGUACUAGAUGGGGUUGUGUGUAGGCCUGCUCUAUGGUGAAGAUACAUUACAUGUGUAGGCGACCUCUGCAUCUGUGUCAAUUCAGAAUGAAUAAAUCAAGAUUUUGUUCUU